GCAACAGCGCCGCAGGGAGCGCCCCUCUUUGCGUAAGGGAGCGCGCGCAUGCGUGGAUUUGCCCGGGGAGUGGUCGUGCUGGGGGAGGCUGACCUCGCCCGCCGCCGCCGCCGGUGCCUGCCGGAGAUUUUGCCGCCGCCGCCUGGCGAGGAGGGGCCGCCCCCGCAGGGAUCCGCUCCAGCCGCCGCCGGGCGAGCGCCCUUCGCUGCCGCUCGCUCUUCUGGAGCCAGUGGCCGCUGCCGCCGAGCGGGGCAGUGAGAAGAGCGCGGGCCGGAGGGAACCGCCCGAGGGGUCUUCGGGGCGGAGCCCAGCCCGGGGACUCGCCACACACGGAGCCGCCGCCGCGACCGGGGAGGGACCAUGGACGACAUUUUCACCCAGUGCCGGGAGGGCAACGCGGUGGCCGUGCGCCUCUGGCUGGACAACACGGAGAACGAUCUCAACCAGGGAGAUGACCACGGCUUCAGCCCCCUGCACUGGGCCUGCCGUGAAGGCCGCUCCAGCGUGGUGGACAUGCUGGUCAUGCGAGGGGCACGCAUCAACGUCAUGAACCGUGGGGAUGACACCCCCCUGCACCUGGCUGCCAGCCACGGGCACCGUGACAUUGUCCAGAAGCUAAUCCAGUUCAAGGCUGACAUCAACGCAGUGAAUGAACACGGGAAUAGUCCCCUCCAUUAUGCCUGCUUUUGGGCCCAGGAGCAGGUGGCAGAGGACCUGGUGACCAGCGGGGCUCUCGUUAGCAUCUGCAACAAAUAUGGGGAGACACCCCUGGACAAGGCGAAGACACCUCUGCGGGACUUGCUGAGAGAGCGUGCAGAGAAGCUAGGCCAAAGCCUCACCCGUCUUCCCUUCAAGGACACUUUCUGGAAGGGCACAACCCGGACACGACCCCGUAAUGGGACUUUAAACAAACUGGCUGGGAUUGACUUCCGGCAGCUGAUCCUGGGCCACAAACUCAACGAGAACCAGUCCGGAGAGCUCUGGAAAGGACGCUGGCAAGGCAAUGACAUUGUCAUCAAAGUGCUCAAAGUCCGGGACUGGACAACCCGUAAGAGCAGAGAUUUCAAUGAGGAAUAUCCCAAGCUCAGGAUUUUCUCUCACCCCAAUGUGUUGCCAGUUCUGGGUGCCUGCCAGUCACCACCUGCGCCUCACCCCAUCGUCAUCACCCACUGGAUGCCCUAUGGCUCCCUUUACAACGUGCUGCAUGAAGGCACCAACUUUGUGGUGGACCAGACGCAAGCAGUGAAGUUUGCCCUGGAUGUGGGACGUGGGAUGGCGUUCCUGCACACCCUGGAGCCCCUCAUCCCUCGCCACUAUCUCAACAGCCGCAGCAUCAUGAUAGACGAGGACAUGACGGCACGCAUCAGCAUGGCAGAUGUCAAGUUCUCCUUCCAGUGUCCAGGCAGGAUGUAUGCCCCGGCAUGGGUGGCACCAGAAGCUCUACAGAAGAAGGCGGAAGAGAUUAACCGGCGCUCUGCUGACAUGUGGAGCUUCGCUGUGCUGCUCUGGGAACUGGUGACACGAGAGGUGCCCUUUGCUGACCUCUCGAACAUGGAGAUCGGCAUGAAGGUUGCCCUGGAGGGGCUGCGGCCCACCAUCCCACCAGGCAUUUCCCCCCACAUCUGCAAGUUGAUGAAGAUCUGCAUGAAUGAGGACCCAGCCAAGCGCCCCAAAUUUGAUAUGAUUGUCCCCAUCCUUGAGAAGAUGCAGGAGAAGUAAGGAUGGAUGUGGGGGAGCUUGCCCUGCAGCCCCUCUGACCUGCCCACAAGUGCCUUUGGGGGGCGCUGUUGACAGGAAGCACCGUUUCCUUGUUAUUAAGACAAUACGGUACAGAAGGAGCUGCUGCUGUGCCCAUUCUCCCCUUCCUGGGCAGAGUUGGGGGGGCUGCUGUAAGCUGCCUUGGCCUUUUAAGCUCACCCCCCAGCAAUGCUGAACUGCCUUUCACAGUUCCCCUCUCCCCACACCCCAUAAGCAAGGCCACCUCGCACUCCAGAGUUAACCACUGCCUGCCUGCCACUGUUUUUAUCUUUUCUAUGCAGGCCCCAGCCAAAGCCACAGGGCUUAAAAUAAACAAGUUGUUAUUAAA